UCCGAGAUUGCGGUGCUGCGGGGACACUUCAGCGCUACGGUACUGCUGGAUCUUACCUGGUACGGCCAUCGCAGUUGUUUCGUGAAGGUGGAACAGGGAAUCCUGGCAGGCUGCGCCCGCGCGGCUUGCAUGCUGGAGGUGCUGACAUUGCGAGCCCUGCUCCGUGUUCGCGAGGUGCAUGGGGCGCUGGUGCCUCGGGCUCUGGUUGAUGAUGUCUCGGUGCAGUAUGUGGGCCCUGACCCUGCAGGUGUACGGGCGCUUGGGGUUGCAGUUCGGGCAUUUCAAGACGAUUCGACGGUGCUCGGCUCCUGCUUCAACCACACGAAAUCAGGGGCUGUCGCGGCCACUACCUCGCCACGCAGGCUGAUGCGGGGCUCGAAGUUCCAGCAGAGGCCUUGGAUGAGGAACUUGGGCCACGAGACCAUGGGGGCACGGCCGCUACGCUGGCUGGAGACGGGGCGCUUGCGGGAGCUGCAGAGGAGGCGGCGACGGAUUCGCAUCUUUCGGCAGGUCGCUGGACGCAAGAAUUCGGUGCGCUGUGGCGUGCGGGUGCUCAACCAGCUGUUGCUCAUGGUGCAG